AUGCAGAGCACAACAGAUCUGGGACCUGUGGUAAUAAACCACAUAGAGUUGGGUCAAUUUUCUCAUCCGAGACCUUUCCUCCUCUUAGAUCCUCCUCUGUGGGUAGUUAAAGACAGAGAAGAAGAUGUAGAAUACCAGGAGAGAAGCGAGAGUGAGGAAGGAGAUGAGGAGGAGGAGGAGGAGGAAGAGUAUGUAUGUGUGAUAAUAGAAGGGUCAGAGGUGGAGGAAGAUGAGGAGGAAGAGGAGGAGGAGUAUGAGGUUACAUGUGUAGGGGAGUAUGUGGAGGAAGAGGAGGAGGAGUAUGAGGUUACAGGUGUAGGGGAGUAUGUGGAGGAGGAGGAGGAAGAGGAAUGUUUGUUAGAGGUUGUGGUGAAAGAGGAGGUGGUAGAGGAGGACGAAGAAGAAAGAGUGGAGACGUAUGAGAAGGAGAAGAACGAGAAGGGAGAGAAUAAAGAGGAAGAAGAAGAAGAAGACGCAGAAGAAGAGAAGGCAGAGAAUAAAGAAACGGUAGAGGAGGAAGAAGCAGAAGAAGAAGAAGGGAAGGUAGAGGAGGAAGAAGCAGAAGAAGAGGAGCAGGAGACAACCAACACAUUUCCCAGUGUACCUAUGUGUUCCCUGUUGAAUCACCACUUCAGUCACCUGGCCACUAAAUUCCCUGAGUGUAAGUUCCUGAUGAUCCUGGCCGGGCAGUGUGUCCCCAACUACCCUGCCAGCCACCUCCCCACCCUGUUCAUCUACGAAUCAGGAUGUAUCCUCAACUCACUGAUAGGAGAGAAGGCCUGUGGAGGGAGGAACGUAUUGGAAGAUGAGCUGAAGUGGAUGCUGGCCCAGUCGGGAGCGUUUGUGAUUGACAGCUACGAGGCCUUAUACCAGGAGGGCACGCCCAUCACGACGCCGCGUUCGGAACAGGGACAGGAAGACUACAGUGAUGACCAGUCUGAUCACUAUGACAACCAAGGCACCGAGGUGUAGUCAUGGUUACAGUGAUCACUGUGACAACAAAGAGACAGCAGUGUAGACUGUGAACUCUAUGACAUCAUGAAACAGUGGUGUAAACUCUGAUAUAAUAUCCCAUUCAUAAAUGUUGGCUACUGUUGACUCAUUACAUGUGAUCCAGAUCAGAUUUAAUACCGGUAGAGGUAGCCACUCAUAUUGACUCAUUAUAUGAUGUGAUCCAGAUCAGAUUUAAUACAGGUGUAGGUAGCCACUCAUAUUGACUCAUUAUAUGAUGUGAUCCAGAUCAGAUUUAAUACAGGUGUAGGUAGCCACUCAUAUUGACUCAUUACAUGAUGUGAUCCAGAUCAGAUUUAAUACAGGUGUAGGUAGCUACUUAUAUUGACUUGUUACAUGAUGUGAUCCAGAUCAGAUUUAAUACAGGUGUAGGUAGCUACUCAUAUUGAGUCAUUACAUGAUGUGAUCCAGAUCAGAUUUACAGGUGUAGGUAGCUACUUAUAUUGACUUGUUACAUGAUGUGAUCCAGAUCAGAUUUACAGGUGUAGGUAGCUACUCAUAUUGACUCAUUACAUGAUGUGAUCCAGAUCAGAUUUAAUACAGGUGUAGGUAGCUACUCAUAUUGACUCAUUACAUGUGAUCAAGAUCAGAUUUAAUACAGGUGUAGGUAGCUACUCAUAUUGAGUCAUUACAUGAUGUGAUCCAGAUCAGAUUUACAGGUGUAGGUAGCUACUUAUAUUGACUUGUUACAUGAUGUGAUCCAGAUCAGAUUUACAGGUGUAGGUAGCUACUUAUAUUGACUUGUUACAUGAUGUGAUCCAGAUCAGAUUUACAGGUGUAGGUAGCUACUCAUAUUGACUCAUUACAUGAUGUGAUCCAGAUCAGAUUUAAUACAGGUGUAGGUAGCUACUCAUAUUGAGUCAUUACAUGAUGUGAUCCAGAUCAGAUUUACAGGUGUAGGUAGCUACUCAUAUUGACUUGUUACAUGAUGUGAUCCAGAUCAGAUUUAAUACAGGUGUAGGUAGCUACUUAUAUUGACUUGUUACAUGAUGUGAUCCAGAUCAGAUUUACAGGUGUAGGUAGCUACUCAUAUUGACUCAUUACAUGAUGUGAUCCAGAUCAGAUUUAAUACAGGUGUAGGUAGCUACUCAUAUUGAGUCAUUACAUGAUGUGAUCCAGAUCAGAUUUACAGGUGUAGGUAGCUACUCAUAUUGACUUGUUACAUGAUGUGAUCCAGAUCAGAUUUAAUACAGGUGUAGGUAGCUACUUAUAUUGACUUGUUACAUGAUGUGAUCCAGAUCAGAUUUACAGGUGUAGGUAGCUACUCAUAUUGACUCAUUACAUGAUGUGAUCCAGAUCAGAUUUAAUACAGGUGUAGGUAGCUACUCAUAUUGACUCAUUACAUGUGAUCCAGAUCAGAUUUACAGGUGUAGGUAGCUACUUAUAUUGACUCAUUACAUGAUGUGAUCCAGAUCAGAUUUAAUACAGGUGUAGGUAGCUACUCAUAUUGACUCAUUACAUGUGAUCCAGAUCAGAUUUAAUACAGGUGUUGGGUUAAAUGCGGAAGACACAUUUCAGUUGAAUACAUUCAGUUGGACAACAGACUAGGUAUCCCCUCUUUCCCUUUCCAUACUCAUAUUGAGCUCACUUGUUAUUUUAUAAUAUGCUGUAAUAAAGUAUGUUAUAUCUUAUUUUAUAAA